ACGGAGCCCCCGGGUCUCUGCCUCCGACGCGGCCCUGCUCCAGCCCAGGCGACCCAAGGCCGGCCUCCAACCCGCUCUGCGCACCGCGCGCUCCGCCUUGGAGAAGCCCCGCCAGGCGCUGGCACUUCCUCCUUCCCAGCAGGCCUGGAUGUGGGGUAAAGGUGAGAGGAGAAGCGAGCCAAGAAGCAGAAGCCUCCGCCUCCCGCCGCUCCCGCUUGAGCAACUCCGGCUUCACUGUUUGGGCUGGAGGCCGAGGGACGGGCGGCGGCGAAGACCCCGACUGCUACGCGGAGGCCUCUCCGAACGGGAAAGCGAGCAAGCAGCGCGGCCUGCCAGGCGCCGAGGCUCAGGUAGGGGGAGGCAGCGCAGGGCUGUGGGAAGAGGAGGAGGAGGGCGCCCGGGUGGGGUGGGAGCCCCGCAGAAAGGGGGGGCGCCCCGCAAGUGAGUUUUUGGGGGUCUUGCUUGCUCCCCUUUCUCCUUCCCUCACCCCACCCCGUAAGUCGCCUCCUGUUGUUUCUGCAGCUCAGCAGCCAAAGCCAAACAAACUCGACACUUUGCAAAGCGCAACCCGAUGAAUUCUGUAAAAAAACAAUAACGCGAAAACAGGCAAAGUUCGCAACGGAGCGUGACAGAGUUUUGUGUUAUUGGUUUGCUGUGCAAUCAGCCGUCCUGGGCUAGGGCUGACGCCACCAGCAAAACUUUCCUAGCCCACUACUGUCCCUGCAACUGCUUGCUGUAGAGCCCCAGCUGGACACAGGGCACCUGACUGCGAAACUAGGGUUGCCUACACAUUUAAAGCAUAUUUCCCCUCCCCUCAAAAAAAUCCUGGAAACCGUGGCUUGUUAAGGGUGCUGCGGAUUGUAGGUCCCUGAAUGAACGACUGUUCUUGGGGUUCGUUUGGGAGGGGGGGAAUGUAUUUUCAACGCACAGUGUGUAUAUGCAGCCUGCUUAACUCUGUUUGUAGUUUUCCUUUUUGGGAAGCACUUAGGGCAUAUUGGACGGUGUAUGAACGAGAAAUGAUAGCAACGUUGUCAGGGUUCGGGAAGAAAGUGAAGUGUGUGUUUCUCAAUCACCCUGCAAAAUAAAUGCAUUUUAGAUUACCUUUUGCAAAGGUGCCAUGUAGGCAGAGCACACAGUCAGGGAACAUUGUUGUCAUGGGUGCCCAAGAUGCUUCACAAAAAUCAGUAAAGACUGGCUUGCUCUGGACUUCUGACACAACAACCGACUGGUGGUAAACAAAGGGCAGGGAUUGAAAUAAUAUAGUGUAAGGUUGUCACUAAGAGGUAUCGUGAUAUGUCCCAUGGAGGGAAAAUACAUGUUGGGUAAACCCAAUUGAGUAUGAUAUUAAGAUCAUGAUGUAUUAUUACUAUACAUUAAUUACUAUAAUUCAUUAGCUGCACAAGGUAGUUUGGUUGUACUUAAAUUUGCAUAUCAUUAUCAACUUCAGUGGCAUUGAGAGCCCCUCUAGAUUACAGUCAUACCUUGGGUUACAGACACUUCGGGUUGUGCGAUUUCGGGUUGCGCACCGUGCCGAACCCAGGACUACUGGAACGGGUUACUUCCGGGUUUCGGCGCAUGCGCAGAAGCGCUGAAUUGCGCUUUGUGCAUGCGCAGAAGCACUGAAUCGCGAGCCGUUCAUGCGCAGAUGCACGGGUUGCGAACACUGCGGGUUGCAAAUGUGCCUCCCGCACGGAUCACGUUCUCAACCCGAGCGUCCACUGUAUGAUCUUUCAGAAGGGCGGGAUUAAUGCCUUUUUCACUAGGCACACCCAGGACUUGCAGUUCUGUUUCCCGUUCCCACAGAUUAGAAGCUUUGCUCUGAGGGAAUAGCUUUGAAGUUUUGACUUUUAAAAAAAGGUCUGUAGAAGAUAUACACUCCAGCAGAAGGAGAACGUGAAGUCUCUGGAGUAAAAGGUAUGAUUGUUUUUAAACAGGCAGGGACAUUCAAAUCGACUUGGAUCGUGGGAGAGGUUUACAUUGUAAAUGACCCAAGUAAAAUGAAUUAACGACAGAUCAGGAUGUGCAAUCAGUUCAUAGGAGUCUGUUUAUUUUUAUUUUUUUAAAAAAUACUGUUUUCUGCAGAUCGUCAUGGAAAACCAAGUGACUGAUUCUUCCGAAGAGCGUACAUUUCAGUAUCAGAGUUCACUCCCUUCACUGCCCAUUCCUGCUCUUGAUGAAUCUUUAAGGAAGUACCUCGAUUCAGGUGUUAAACAAAUGUUAAUGUUUAUUGUGGGUAAAGACUUAAGUAACAUGGAAAGAAUAACCUGCUUUUUGUCUGCUUAGUCAAAUAACUUCAUGCAUGUUAAGAGUCUGAAAGUACUAAGGAUUUUGAAACAGUUACCAUAAUACAUUGCUUUAUUUGCAGAGUUAGCACGAAAUGUACCAGUAUGCUUUCAAUAUUUAAAGCACAUGAAGUCACAAUAAAAAUGUUUGCCACUGAACUGUGCAAAGGUUGUAAAGCGUUAUCCAAUUCUGCACUUUCUAAAGUCCAAUGGGAGGAGCUUGAAACAGUGACAGUGUCCAUGUUAAAAUUACUUGGUUCCUACCCAAGGCAAACAACCUUCAAAAUACAGCAGAUUUCUAUAUACUGAAGCUGUAAGUGACACCAUGCUUAGAAACAAUAAUUAAGAUGUUAAUAAAGAACUUAUUAUCAGGUAAAUGUGCAUAGGGUUGCAGCCUAAGAGAGUACUAUUGAACUCAGUGGCGGUUACUUCUGAGUAGGAUUGAGCUGUAAAUGUAAAUAAAUUUGUGUAUUGUCUAGUAUUUCAAACUAGAAUGCCUGUUUGAAAUACCAAAGGAACUAUGAGAUGUUACAGUUUAAAAACAAAAAAUAUCAGUCAUUGCUAGAAGGAAAAAAAUAUUUUCUUGUUCCUGUUACAAACCAUAUAGCUUUAAAAAAAAUGUUCCUUUUAACCUUAACUCUCAUAUUCACGAUUUAAAAUCGGAUGGGUUGUAUCUACUGGGGGUUGGAUACCUUGGUUGGAAAUAAAAUUAGCUCCCAUUGAUUGCUUGAUCAACUAAAGCCGUAGUUAAUUAAUACUUGCAACCCUUAUUGUUGUAAGUUUUCAUUUUUCAUGAAACAUUAUUAGAAAAGAAUGGUUGUUACCGAGGACUUGCAUACUUUUUUUUUUAGCAACACUUCUGAAUCAAAAUAAUUCCCAGCUAUCACUGAAUAUCUUCCUAAACAUUGGGCAUUUAUGCCAAUGUAUAAAGUUGUCAUUGUACAUUGUGUCCUUUAAGUUUAAUCUAUUAAAAGUUUCAUAGGCCUAAGAAUCAAAUAGCUUCAGAUUUCUCCAGCCAAGCACUGUAAUGACUGUGUUCUUAAGAGUCAAUUUACAAGCUAUACCAGCCUGUUGGAAUGCUCCUUAGAAUUGCAGUGUAAGUCUCUGACAAUAUGCACACUUGAAAGAAGUUCAAUAGAAAACAAGCAGACUUGGUAAAUGGACGUGGGCUUGCCAGCACGAUUUAGCAAUGGUGGAUAAUCACUGAGUGAUUAUUGCUGCCCGACUCUUCCAUGGCUCACUGUUUUUUCUUCAGGUGUAAUAAUCUGAAACCUAGCCAGGGAAUAGGGUGUGCAUGGUAUUUGGCUCUAUUCUCAUUUGGCAAAAGGGUAGGAGAUAGCAAUUUGCAGAUUUUACAGUACAGAAAUAGCCCUGGCUCAGUUAUACUCAAAAUAUAGGCUUGGCAAAAUAUUCAAAUAUUGCCAAAGGACUUGUCCAUGUCGUUUCACUCUUCAUCUUCUCAGGAUUAGUUGUGGUGACACUCCUUCUCAAAGGAAAAAAAAAUACCUUAUAUCUAUGAUAUAUCUACUGAACACUGGUUACUGUUCAGGCUCAAUGUGAGCUUUCCAUUUUACUUUGAGAGUGUAGUGACUGCAGGCUACCGUAAUUCACCCAGGCAUCUUCUUAGUCUUGUUAACUAAGCCACAUGUGCAAACUCUGUCCAUUUCAAUAACAUUGUGUUUCAAUUGAUACUGGAUGAUAAUGAAAGUUUUGUUUGUGGUUAUUAAUUUAUAACGAUUCUCCUGCACACACGUAAGCCAUCAUUUAGUACUACAGAGAUGGGUUUGUAUGUAUGAACCUGCACUGUGUUUGUCUCGUUAACAUUCAGCUGUUAAGAAAUAACUAUUUACAGAUACUGUCAGCCGUGGCAUUUGGUUUUUUGUUUGUAUUCUGCACACUGAUUUUGAACUUUGGAACAUAAAUGCAACUUGGAAGUACAGUCAUAAAAAGGUUCAGAACAUUUUUGUUUAACUAAACAUUUGUGUUUUGCAGUGAGACCUUUCCUAAAUCAAGAAGAAUAUCAAAGAACUUCUGACAUAGUAAAAAGAUUCAGAAAUGGGAUUGGGAAAGAGCUACAUCAAAAAUUAGUUGAAAGAGCUAAAGUGAAGAGGAACUGGGUAUGUUUUGAGAAAGCUUGCAUGGUUUGCUAAUUCAUGCUGAUAAUCAGUUUUCUAAUGAAAGACAAGAAAAGGGUGCAAGGCUUAUACCUUAGAAAUAUCAGUCAUUGACUCAAUACUUUGAUCCUUACUUAUACUGCUUCAUCUCCUGUUGUGGGAUGAACCACACAUUCUAGCAGAAUUUUCAGGACAAAACCCUCUUUUUAUGUGUGGAAAAACAGCACAAAUGCAUAAUAACCAGAUUACCAGUUCAGUUAAUCAAAAAUACUAUAUUCUGAUUUCCAUCCCACUGAAGUCAAUAAGUCUUGGAGAGCAAUCCAAUGCAUGUUUACUCUCUACAGAAGUCCCUCUGUGUUCAGUGGACUUAUUUGUGUGCAUAGGAGUGCAGCCUAAAUUAAUAUAAGACCAAUGCUUCACUUUAAUUGUAUUGUAGAUCCAUCUAGAUGCAGGAACAAACAUUUUAAUGUGCUCAAGCACAGGCUGCUUUGCUUUGGUCUUAAAUUUGUUGAUUGAAGAAGAGUUAAAAAAAUAUUUGUUACAUAAUAAUUCUUAAACUGGAUUCCUGGUUUGUGAUAUUUUACCAUUUCAUAUCUAAGAAACAGAAGGAAAUCCUUUUAUCUUUCCUAUUUUAAUUGUGCAGAGACCCAUAUCAGGGUUUAGAAAAUGGAGACAGUUUCACAUGAAAUUUUAAAUGCCAUAAUAUCUUCCGAAAAUUCAAGCAUCUGAUACUUAAAAACAAAACAAAAAACACUUCAAGUGUAGGAUAAUCCUAUGUAGAGUGCUACAUUUAUAGAUUCUAAACAUGAGAUAAAUGUCUGAUGUCCACAUGUUCAUUGUUGACCAUUGUUAACUGCUAGAAAUGUUAGCAAGGGCCAAAGCCCACUUGCAUUUCCAGAUAGUUGGACCAGGCAUAUGUGGUCAGCACAUUGCUUGGAGCAUGCAAGGACCUCUGUGUAAGAGUACAAAAAGCAAUUUAACUAAAAUAUAAUAGGAAAAUGUUUGAUCCAAAUAACUACUUUAGGCACAUUUAUAGAUAUAGAUAUAGAUAUAGAUUCUUUGCAUAGGAAUCCCCCAUGCCAGAUCAGAAAUUGAGUCUCCCUCUACUUUCAAAUGUUGUUUGUUGUGUGGCAUGGAGGGCGGCUGCUUGAUCCUGAUAUGCCCAACCCUAUUUUGAUGUGCAGAACUACCGUAUUUUUCACUCUAUAAGACGCACCUGACCACAAGACGCACCUAGUUUUUGGAGGAGGAAAACAAGAAAAAAAUAUUCUGAAUCUCAGAAGCCAGAACAUCAAGAGGGAUCGCUGUGCAGUGAAAGCAGCAAUCCCUCUUGCUGUUCUGGCUUCUGUGAUAGCUGCGCAGCCUGCAUUCGCUCCAUAAGACGCACACACGUUUCCCCUUACUUUUUAGGAGGGAAAAAGUGAGUCUUAUAGAGCAAAAAAUACGGUACUUGUGCUGAUGCCAGUUACGAAGCAAUUCUUGCCCUGAGGCCAUUCGGCAGAACACAAAUCUAAUUGUCAGAGCUGUGCUCAAGGCUCCUUAUGCUCUUAAUUGCUGUUUCUUUUCAGCUGGAGGAAUGGUGGCUGAAUGUGGCCUAUCUUGAUGCACGUUUACCAACACAAAUCUAUCAUAAUUUUGGAGGGCCAGGCCCUUACCUCGAACAUUACUGGCCACCCAAAGAAGGGACUCAAAUAGAAAGAGGAAGCAUUGCUGUAUGGCAUACCUUGAAAUUCUGGGAACUAUUGAGAACGUAAGAAACUUAAAAGCACCAUGUAUUAGUUCUUAUAUAUAAGGAUGAUACUGGUCACUUUUUUGGGUGGGAGUGUAAAUAUUGCUAAUGUUCAUUGCUGAAUGUAGUCCCAUUUGAUUGUUUGAGGAGUUCUGUACCUGCUUACUUGGGAGUAAACCCCAGUAAACUCAAUGGGACUAUUUUUGAGCGGACAUGUAUAGGAUUGCACUGUCCGUGUCCGUGUCUUGGAAGUCCAAACCUGUGUCCUAAUGUAAGAUGCUUCAAACAUAUAUCAGCUUCUUGUGGAUUAAGGCUGCAGGCUGGAGUAAGUCCCAUUGAACUGUACAGCACUGCAUCCAAAUUAGUAUGCACAAUAUGAGGCUGUAAUUGUCAUAAAAAGAGAGAACAGAGGACACCUCACUAGUGUUUCCUGAUGAGCAGAUAGCUUUGCUGACUUAGGUAAGUGAUUCUUCUCAUGGGCUAUAGAAACAUGGUAUAAGUGUUCAGAACACUAGCCUAUCUAAUCAGGGAAAGAUUCCUUCCUGGUGUCAAAUCUGGUACCAUCUUAUCCCUGGGUUUGCUGCACAUUCUUUUCAACAGAAUUUGAGUAUCUUAACAAUGUAUUGUUGUCUUUAUUACAGAGAAAAGUUGCCUGCAGAUAAACAGGGCAAUAUGCCUCUGGAUAUGAAUCAGUUCCGAAAAUUGUUUAGCACCUGCAAGAUUCCAGGAAUUACACAAGAUUCCAUUGCCAGUUAUUUCAGAACAGGUAAAAAAAAAUGAUUUUCUAGAUUAGAAGAAUUUUAUUUUUAACAAAGCAUGUUUAUAUAGCAUCCAUUGCAUACAAAAGGGCUCACAAGUACAUUUAUUUUGCUGCUCUGGUUUUAAGAAUUAUUAUUAUUGUUUUGUUUCAUUUUCUGGCCUCACAGUAAGGUUUAAUCUGCAGUGUGGGAAUCCAGAGGCAAAUAGUCACUUAUUUCUUAAAAGUCCCACUGAAAUCUUUGUAACCUGUGUAAAAAUCACUUAAAAGGAUAACUUCAGUUACCGUAUUUUUCGCUCUAUAAGACGCACCAGACCAUAAGACGCACCUAGUUUUUGGAGGAGGAAAACAAGAAAAAAAAUAUUCUGAAUCUCAGAAGCUAGAACAGUGAUCCCUCUUACUGUUCUGGCUUCUGGGAUAGCUGCGCAGCCUGCAUUCGCCCCAUAAGACGCACAAACAUUUCCCCUUUUUAAGAGGAAAAAAGUGAGUCUUAUAGAGCAAAAAAUACGGUAAGCAUGGUCUUUGCAGCAUCUUGGCACUAAAAAGCCACACGAUUUUACUUUUUGUGCAACUCUUCAAAGCACAGUAGCACCUUCAGUAACAGGAUCUUGCAGUCCUACAUAAGAACAAAAAGGUUCGGUCACAUCUAUAAAUCUAAUUGAAAAGAGGGUGGAUUUCCUUUGGCCUCAUUUGGUUGACAGUAAAAAAGCUUCUUAAAUUAUGUUUGUACUUUGGUCACAGUGAACGUUAGUAGGUUGAUUAAAUUGCAAUGAUUGUAAUGUCUAUAAAAAUAAAAGUAGUUGUGAAACUAUUUUAUAUAAAACAAACUUGGACACUAGUUAUUAGUUGCACUAGUUCUUAGCUACAGAGUUCUUGCAAUGUCCAUCUGGAAUGGAAACUAUUCAAGGAGACCAGGAGGCAAAAGUUGCUCAUCUUUCUGGUGAGCCGAUGGAGAGGCCUUUCCCACCAGUAAAGCCAUCAGUGCAAGAGGUUUCAGGGAAUAUGAAUCGAUGCCACAGUAAAGCCGUGUACUGACAAUGUUAUAUUUACAUUAAUGCUGAGUUGCGUCUCUUCAUCCGCUUGAACACACAGUCACCAGGAAUGUUGUUUACAGGUGUAUGAAGCUCUUGGUGUGAUAAUAGUCUUUAUAGGCACACCCAGUCUCUUUGAUUGCCUCUGCAAAAGAUGCCCUGUUGCCACUGUGCUCUUCAGUUAUGCCAAUAUGUAGGUAGUUGUGAUGUACAAACCGAGAAUGCCUCCUUCAUGUAACAUUCCUGAAGGUAAAAUGAUCUGCCUGCUUCUUUAUAAACCUGUGCCAUCUACUUAGGGCAGUAUGCACUAAUUGUGGGCUUGUGGCCGAGGGGCAGAGACCAUUAGCAGCAAUAACACUGAGCUGUAGGAAUGAAGAUGUCUCAAGUCAGAUCCAUGUUCCCAUGUCCUAACGAGAACCUUUGAACUCUCCCAUCCCCCUCCUGGAAGAGGCAGUGGUUAGGGAGAAAGCAAACGCUCACUCUCGUUUCUUUCUUUCCUUGGUUAUUGAAAGGCGAGACCAUUCUUCAAAGGUGAGAAGUUUUUCUCUAGAUCAACACAAGGGCUGCUUCUGUGGGCUGGCGUCUUUACUAUCAACCUGUCCCCUCAGUCCAUCUGCAGUUGCUUCCACUUCCUCUCAUCUCUAGGAAAGAGCCUGUAACCUGGACCGUGUCAUCAACGGCCGAGGACCAGGCAACUCUCUCACAUGUUUAUUUGUAAUAUUGCUUACCUGCCCCUUACCAUAAAGUCCUGAGGCCGGUCACAAUAUAUAGUUUGGAAAACAAGUGAAGCAUUUCAAAGUGCUGUAAUGAUCAAAACACUAAAUAGUACUGUAUAGAUUCAACAAAAUGGGUGGGACCCACAAAACAAAAAUACCUUAACAGUCGAAGAACAGAGUAACAAGGUGUGGGCCUUCAGCAUUUGGUGAAAGCCAUACAGUGAAGAUUAGCAUGUCAGGGGUACUGGUUCCCUCAUCCUCACUUUAUAUAAACACAGGUUUUUUGGUGUGUGUGUGUGUGUGUGUGUGUGUGUGUGUGUGUGUGUUACCAUGCCUUAGGAACAUGGAUAGUAGGCCUAGGUGUGAGAUGAACUCUGCCACUAGACAAAGUAUAAAUUUUAAAAUAAUGUUGCUGAUUUGUUAAAGGAGUACUGUAUACAUAAGGGAAUGCAAAUAAUUAUUUGGGAGUCUUAAAAGUGCUUGUUGACAGUUUCUGAAGAUUUGAGAGGCCCUCACAUUAGCCUCUUAAGUGGCUUUUGUCUCAGGCCAAAUUCCCUAACACUCCACCCCAGCCAAAUACUCUCACAAACCAGUCUAGCUACUGAGGUCAAUUUGCCUCGGUGCCUCAAAGCUCGUCUGGGUGUACACCUGGCUGCCUGGACCAGUUUAACCAACUAAUAUCCCACUUGUGUACCCAUCUUCUGAUAAGAGUACACAGUAUUUCGAGCUUGUUUGUGUGGAUGCUAAUGCUCAUAUCAUUUAAGAAAAGGAUAUUUUUUAAAAAUACUCUAGUCACCCAUGUAUUGCUGUGAUCAAAGUUUCCAAGCAUCCGCUGGAAAUCACUCCAGUAUUCAUCCAGAUAAAACAAAAUGCAGCCAACACCUGCUAUGUUUUAUUUCUUCCUUUCCAGAGGUAAACAUUGCAGAGAAUCCUAAAUAUUCAGCUGUGUUGUCACAUCAUGCUAUAGACCUUUUCUGUUUCAGUUAUCUUUGCAGCGCAGACUUGUGUUGGACUGAGAAACACAUUUCUCCAUUGAACUGGGUAAUGAUUAAAAGAGGUUAUUGUAUUGGUUUUAUUUGUUGCAGCACCUUACCUGGCAUUUUGCAGUGACUGCAUCAUGCUCACAGGCUUUUUUCUUUUUCAUCUUUCAGACAGUGAAGGUGAAUCCCCAUCUCACUUGAUAGUCUUGUGCCAAGGUCGAAUUUUUGCAUUUGAUGGGGUACACGAUGGUCAAUUAUUGAGCCCACCAGAGAUUUCUAGGUAUAUUUACAAUAAGUACAAGUUAAAAAUCAGUGAUCACGUUUGUUUCUGUUACUUUGUUUCUAUGUAGAUUUAAUGUGAGUUACACAACAUGUUAAAAAGUAACAUUUGUAUUCUAAAAAUGUCUCCAUGAGAUCACUGAGGGAACAUUUUGCAAGGAAGAUUAUACAUCUUCAAAGGAGUUUUACAAGCUCCAUUGAAAUAAAUGGCAUCUGCAUGGCAGUAGUGUUUUGUGGACUGUACUCUAAUAGAGUUCCACUUCAUCAUGAGCUGCACAGUCGUACCUUGAAUCCAGAAUGCCCUGGAACAUUCUUUUGGAACCCGAAUGUCUGAUGGGGCUUCCGCAGCUUCUGAUUGGCUGCAGGAGCUUCCUGCAGCCAAUCAGAAGCCACAAUUUGGUUUUCAAAUAUUUUGGAAGUUGAAUGGACUUACGGAACAGAUUCCGUUUGACUUCCAAGGUACAACUGUAUUAUGUUUCUUUCACAUUAACUCCUUCCUCUAAAAUUCCUAUCCGUUAUUCACUCACUUUUUAUGGAGGAUCCAGAUUACGUCAUUAAAAGAUCAUUGCAUUCCAGUGUUUUCUGUCUUGACUGAUUUGUGACAUUUUUUUCUUUGCAUUUUAUCGCAAAAAAAACAAUUGUAGCAAAGUGACAUUGACACUAUUAAGUGCUUACUGUGAGUUUAAAAAUUUCCUCCUUGAAGUUUCUGCUCCUCUUAUUGUUUCCUGUUCAGUAUACGUGGGGGACUCAUGAUGAAUUGCCUCUUAAUUAGUCAACUUCUGUUCCCCAUGGGAACAGGCUUCAAUUACUGAUUUCAGAAAGGAAAAGAAAAGAAAAGAGAAAAAGAAAUAAAACUAAUGCUUUUCUCCAGCCUCAUGAGAAAAGGAAAGAAACUGAUUGCAUUGUGAGUCACUACUAAUUUCCCAAGUGUAGUGAACAGGAACUAAUAAAAGAAGUGAAAGCUGAAAAGGAGCAAACUACUGCAAGAGACCUUGGCUCAGUGGGAGUUUCAUCCAUGGCGGUGGAUGCUGCUCAAUACACUAGUGCUAUAUUGAACCGUAGUUUUAAAUUCAAAUGACAACUUUGGGCUUAAAAAACAGGAUGCCAUUUGGGUACCUCUCUGGGUUUUUCUGAAUAGUUGGAUGGCCUGAGUGGUUAUAGCAGCAGCUGCUGCCAUUUGCCCUCUCCCCAGAGUGUCCUAAGUGUACAGGUAAUAGGCGUUGGCUGUUGAGAAAUGUGCGGUGGGAAAGGCAGGAGGGGACGACAACUUCCAGACAGCAGCUGCUACAAGGGCCACUGCUGCCACAGCUAUCCCUCUCCUUUCAAUCUUUUGUGCCCCAUCUCCUGAAAACCACCAUCUCUUCCAUUCAUGGUAUCUGUGAAUGUAGUGGUGAAAAGGAGAUUUUGACUCUGUUCUGUUUCCAGCCGCAUUAAAGGGCCUUACUGCAGAAACAACCAUUGACCUCUAUCUCCUUUUCUCUGAAAAGGCAUCGCUACUACCUGCGUGCUUCAGAGAGCAAUUAAAAUAUUACUUUUUUAAAAAAAAAAAAACAAGGCGAAAAAGAGAACGUGCUAGAAAAGAGAAACACAUAUGUGGUUGCACUAUGAAUGUUGACCUGUAAGGACAUAUUUCCACAGAGAAAUAGUGCAAGAUCCACUGAGCAUAGGUGCACCUCCUAGAAAUUGUGGGGAACAAGUAGUUCUGUGCAGUUUUUGCCAUGGGUAUACUAUAGUUGUAAAAGGCAUGAAUCUGAAAUAGGUUCCAAGAAAGCAUGCAAACAAUUCAUCAGACCAUCUUAGACUCCUGGUGGGGUCUGAGAGAAAGCAUGUGGGCAUAUGAAGGUAGACAAGGUGGCCUAGCUGAUUGGACAUUGGAACUUGAAUUAGUUCGUUUCAAGUUCUGGGUAAUCACAGGCAUAAGAGAGUACCUUAACUGAUAUUUUACAUCUGAACUACUAACUAGCUUUAAUUUCUCAUUUUUUAUUUUUAAUCCUUCAAGGCAACUUUCCUACAUCAAAGAGAGAUGCCAAAAUGAACCCAAAGGGCCAGGAUUGUCUGCCUUAACAUCUCAGGAAAGAACCCCAUGGGCAAAGGUUGGUACACUUCUUUUUGUGGUGGAGGGCAGUGAUUGCCUGGAUUGAUGUGUUUUUUGAUGUUUAAUCAUGACUACACUUGUCUCUUAGACACGCGACUAUCUUAUCAACUUGGAUCCAAAGAACCUGUCCCUGUUGGAAAAAAUACAGAGCAGUGUAUUUGUAGUCUCCCUUGAUGAACUGAGUCCUCAAGCUACACCUGAAAAUUAUACAGAGGUAAUUAUGGAUUGCUGGAUUCCAUAUUCUGCCCAGUUUUUAAUAACCUGCUUCGUGUUAAAUAAACAUUUGGCUUACCUCGUGUUGUGCUCGAAGCUGUAGGUUUCGCUCCACCCAUUAAUUACCCUAAUAUAAUGAUAUUGUUUUAAGAUGGGACAUAUCAGGCAGUAUCAAUGUCGACACAAAGCUGGCACAUCCCACCCUCUGCUAAAUAAUCUCUGCUCCUGCGCUCACAGGACAAACUGCAGCAUGUCACAAGUAAACAGUGGAAAUGAACAUGGUGCACAACACCAAAGUGCCUGCAGAGCAGUUAUGCUCCCGAGCAGGUAGCAUGUAGCACGAGAGGCCAGGCGGCCAUUCGCUCAGACCAAAAGAAAUUUCCAUCCCAAUCAGAAGCAUGUCAAAUGGGAGAGAGAACGAGACCUGUGCAGCUGGAUGCUAUACAGCAAAAACUCUGAUAAAAUACAAAACAGUCCCCAACUCAACGAAAAUAUUAAAGCAGGAUCACAGUAAUGAUUACAAAACAACAGUCAGAAUUAAACAUCAAAAUUAAUCCUCAUGCCUUUUAUAUCUUAGCUUCUUGCAGUGGUUAUAUAGCAACAUGGUUUCUACAGGCAGCUUUCGAGUACAGGCAAAGAAGGAAAACACUGAUUAGCAACAAAAAGAUUGUUGGGCAUUAACUGUAAUACUGAACUGUGGGAGUGUUGUGGUCAUUUCUUAGGGCUAAUUUGCAUUCCAAACGUGACUGAGGACCAUUUGCUUGUGCUGGGAGAUUGGCCUCUCCAGUUCAACCUUUUCAAUAUUUAGUUCUAUAAAAUACCGGUGUAUACAGGCAAAUGCCCUCUACACAUACGUGUAAAUCAAUACUUUGGUCUAUAUCGAAAAGAGCUAAUGAGAAGAAGAACUGUACAGUCGUGCCUCGGAAGUCGAACAGAAUCCGUUCCGGAACUCUGUUUGACUUCUGAAGCAUUUGACUGCUGAAGCGUGGGUUCUGAUUGGCUGCAGGAAGCUCCUGCAGCCAAUCAGAAGCUGUGGAAGCCCCGCUGGGUGUUCGGCUUCCAAAAGAACAUUCGGAAACCAGAACACUCAUUUCUGGUUUUUGAUUGUUGGGGAGCCAAAACGUUUGACUCCCAAGGCGUUCAGGAGCCGAGGUACGGCUGUAUUUUGAGCAACUGUUAGUCUGUUCUUUCUUUGCUACAUCAAAAUGCCACCUUUCUGCUGAAGCACUUAGUUUAAACUAGUGGUCUAUCUACAGUCUAAGUGACUUGAAAGAAAACUGAAAAAGAAUGAAGAGAGAGGAGGAAAAUAAUGCAAAUUAAUGUGCAAACUGUUUCAUACUGUUCUAUAAUGAAUGAAUGGCCCUUGCAGAAGCCAGUUCUGGGUGGGGAGGAAUCAGAGGGCAGUUUGGGAAUUUGCUGUCUCAUUUUACCCUUAGAUGCAGCCAAGUGAUAUGGGAACUGUAUGAUUUCAUUUUGAUCUUCUGUUCAUUUUUUUGCCAAUUUUGUCAAAGGUAAUGUUGCAGGCUUUUCUUUUGGAACUUAAAUGUUAACUUUUGACUUAGAUCACCUCUUUGGCUCUAUUGGGAGAUCCAACGCUACGCUGGGGAGACAAAUCCUACAACCUCAUUAUAUUCUCAAAUGGAGUGUUGGGUUCAAACUGUGAUGUAAGUAGAUUUUUUUUACCUGAGGCCCCAUCGAUUCUUUGUAUUCCUUAAAUCCUACAUUAUUAUUUUUUGGGGGGACGUUGGUGGUAAAAAAGGAGUUGUAUCUUUUUGAAUAGCAGUUUCUGUUUUAGCACUCUUGUUUUCACAAAUACCUCAAAUAAAUAACAAUUUAUAAAGGAGUUGCUUUAUAGUCUGAGCUGGCUAGCUAAAUACGGAAUAAAAAAGAAGCAUAACAUAAUGAAAGAAACUCUCAAUGAAUGCAUUUGCACAUAACAGUAAACCAGAUUUUCAGGCCCUGUGUGGUUUAUCUAGAAAGGGCAGUAUGCUGACUGAACAGUCCCACUUUGCCUUGCAAAUGGAAUACACCAGUAAGCCUUGGUUUGUUACUCCCUAGUCAGCAAAACCAACAACAAAACAUGGCUUCAGGUUGGCUAAGGAUCAUGGCUCGUUAGGGAGCAACAAAACGUAAUCACUGUUACAGACAUAAAGGAAAGCCAAGACUCUCUUGUUAUGGGGGUAGCAAAGUGGGAGGAAUUGCUCAGUGUUCGCCAGCACGCUUACUCAUUUCUGAUAAGCCAGACCUUCUGGUUUAUUGUGGUUUAUCAUUGCAAUACAAAACAUUGCUGGUGCUACACCCUGAGAGUCUUUUUGUGGAGGAAUGCCAGAGAAUCAAAAUCAGUAAGUUUGGGCCCAAGUUUAUGGUGCACUAAUACAGUCAUUUCUGUCUUGCGCAUGUUCCAGCAUUCUCCUCUAGAUGCCAUGGUUUUGGUAGUCCUCUGUUCUUACAUCGAUGCCAAGGUUGUUGAGUCGGAGGGAAGGUGGAAGGUAUGAAAGAUUUGCAGUUCCAUCCUAUCCUAUGCCAGUUAAUAAUAAGAUCUUCAUGUUUAUGGAAAUAAAUCUUGGGACUACUCUCUCAUCUUUUGAAAUGAAAAACAGGGACCAGACAAAGUGCGGGAUAUCCCCUGGCCAGAGGAACUUGUGUUCAGGUUGGAUCAGAAAGUGCUAAACAACAUUGCGCACUCUAAGGAACAGUAUGAGAAGCAGGUAUGUCCUCUCUCUGCAUUUUUCUGUAGACACGGGUUCCUUUGUUUAUACCUGUUGUGGGUUAGCUGCCUGACUAGCUUCACUGAGUUCUCAAAGCACAAUGAUAUCUGGGACAGGCACAAUUGAUUAAACAUUAGAGCUUUCAGAACUCAUUAGUACAAACCUCCUUCUCUCCAACAGCAAUUUAUUUGUGGCAGUAAAUUAUUGCUGAUUGAAGUAACGAGUCAGUUGUAUCAAAUUGGUUUUAACUGAUUAGAGCUAAAAUCCUGUGCACACAUGCUUUGAACUUAAUAGGACCCACUUUUGAGUAAACUUGCAUAGGCGUGAGCUCUAAAGCUACGUAAACUGGUAAAUGAUGAAAACAAUAUUUUUGAAUAAUAAUAAUAAUAAUAAUAAUAAUUUAUUAUUUGUACCCCGCCCAUCUGGCUGGGUUUCCCCAGCCACUCUGGGCGGCUUCCAACAAAGAUGAAAGAUACACUAAAAUGUCACAUAUUAAAAACUUCCCUGAACAGGGCUGCCUUCAGAUGUCUUCUGAAUGUCAGGUAGAUGUUUAUCGCUUUGACAUCUGAUGGGAGGGUGUUCCACAGGGCGGGCCCACUUCCAAGAAGGCCCUCUGCCUGGUUCCCUGUAACUUGGCCUCUCGCAGUGAGGGAACCGCCAGAAGGCCCUUGGAGCUGGACCUCAGUGUCCGGUCAGAACGAUGGGGGAGGAGACGCUCCUUCAGAUAUACUGGACCGAGGCCGUUUAGGGCUUUAAAGGUCAGCACCAACACUUUGAAUUGUGCUCAGAAACGUACUGGGAGCCAAUGUAGGUCUUUCAAGACCGGUGUUAUAUGGUCUCGGUGGCCGCUCCCAGUCACCAGUCUAACUGCCGCAUUCUGGAUUAGUUGUAGUUUCCGGGUCACCUUCAAAGGUAGCCCCACGUAGAGCGCAUUGCAGUAGUCCAAGCGGGAGAUAACCAGAGCAUGUACCACUCUGGCGAGACAGUCUGCAGGCAGAUAGGGUCUCAGCCUACGUACCAGAUGGAGCUGGUAAACAGCUGCCCUGGAUACAGAUUUGACCUGUGCCUCCAUGGACAGCUGUGAGUCCAAAAUGACUCCCAGGCUGCGCACCUGGUCCUUCAGGGACACAGUUACCCUAUUCAGGACAAGGGAAUCCUCCACACCUGCCCGCCUCCUGUUCCCCAAAAACAGUACUUCUGUAUUGUCAGGAUUCAACCUCAAUCUGUUAGCCACCAUCCAUCCUCCAACCGCUUCCAGACAAUCACACAUUCUUUUCUUUUGAAAGAAAUAGCAUGCUUCCUUUGGUUUUAGAUGGUGCCCCCUACCUGCAAUUAAUCUAGGGUGCCCCUUUAAUUAAGGCUGCAGUCCUAUAUCUGCUUAAUUCCAGGCAAGUCCAGUUUAACUCAAUGAGGUUUACUUCUGAGGAGACUUGCAUAGGGUUGCAUUGUAAAAAGGUUGAUCUAAAAAAAAGGGUAAGAUCCGAAUGCAUUCGAGUUCCUGUUUUCACCUGAAUCCAAUAGUGCUAUGUAAGGGGUGUGGAGGGUGGGGAGGAAAUAGAAUAGUCAAUAUGCAUAAUUGUGUAGAGUUUGGAAGUUGAAAUUUUGGAUUUUGUUUGGGUUCCCGCUCCUUUAUCCUGUGGUGACAGCGUUUUGUUUUUCUCAGGUGUCUGACGUAGAGGUGGUGAAUUACGCCUUUACAACCUUCGGCAAAGCGCUGAUCAAGAAACAGCAGUUGCAUCCCGAUACAUUUGUUCAGCUUGCUCUCCAGCUGGCGUACUAUAAACGUCACGGACAGUAAGAAAAGUUAUCUAGCCAAAAUUUGAUCGCGUGGAAUCUAAUAACUUUGAAUAUGUUGAUUCCUAAAUGAAGUAAAUUGUGGAGCAGAUCCUUAGUAGCUCACCCAAAAAUACCUAUACGAGAGAGUGUGCAGCCACUUUGAAUGAAGCCUGAAAUACAAUAGGAUGCUUCAAAAGCAUUCGGACCUCCUAAGCAAAGUGGGAUGUCCCUGAAGGAUUUUGAGGCUCUGUAGGAGACAUCAGGGCUUUGACUACUGCCUUGGUGUACGUGCUUUUAAAGCAGUCGCAGUAGGAACUGCUCUGAAAGUCAGGGUAGUCAUCAAAGGGUGGAAAUAAAGUAGGUGCACCCCCAAAAUAGCUGCCAAUGGGGCAAGGCCCCUCACACACCAAGGAGCCAGAGAGGAUUAGGAUCCUUUGUGAGGGGUGUGUUUUAUCCCCAAUCCCAGCCAUUUUUGACGGUGUCAGUCAGUAUUCCACUGUGAUACCUUGCUCCCCAGUCACAGCUACAUUAAAAUAUUGGCUGCUUGAAUUGGUUUUUUUGUUGGGAAGCAAUCACUUCACCACCAAGAAAGGCUUGCGUAAAAGUGCCGGCAGGGAGAUUGGAAGAUUGGGCGGUUGCACCAGCAAAAUCCAGUCCAGCACUCCUGACAGAGCUCCUGCACAGAGCUCACACGCAAACACACUGUGUUGAUGGCUUGAACAGUCCCAUUACCUUCAUGUUUCUGGAUCUGUUAGUCUGAUUGGUUCUUUCAUAUAUGGGUUUCUGCUAAAACAUUGAAUCGGUAGGAUCUUUAAUAUACCCUCACUACACCUCCAGUAACCUCUCUUCCACCCCCAUUAUUUGCACACUCCAUCGACCAAUGAUAAAUGCAGAUGGUCACUCAUCAUUUAAUCAUUUAGAGUGGCUUGCAUGUAGCCAUGCUGGAAAUGUUGUGCUAAGAGCAAGGAAUUUUUUUUGCCACUGUCUUUACCUGUGCCUAUGUGAUAACCCCCACAUCUCCCAAUAGCCGUGCUGCAUAUGACCAACUUUGCAGGAGUUGGUCCACACCUGGGUUCAAAUACUCUCUCUGUCUUGAAGCAGAGUGGGUGGCCUGUUAGUCUCAACUAUCCAACUUGAGAGUUGCUUUGAAGAUCAAAGGAAAGUGGUGAAACGGUGUAAUCCACCAUAAGCUACUUAGAGAAAGGGUGAGGCAGAAAUAUAAUAAAUAAACGAAUGCACUGUGAUUACGCUACUGCUUUUAAAGGUUCACAUGCAUUCACCUUCUGUUCUUGCCCUUGAAAAUGGGGAAAAUCUUACUUUACUUACGUUAGCUAAAAAUACAAAAUGAAUAAGCUUUCCAAUUUGCCUGUCUCCUUUUACUCCCCCCUACUUCCUUAAAACAUGCUUGCACAAUUGGAUACUUUCUCAUUCAAGUGGAAAGGGAGCUUCUUUUUUUGUAAUUGUCCUAACAUUCUUUUCUAGCCCAGGUUGCUGCUAUGAAUCUGCUAUGACCAGACGUUUUUACCAUGGCCGGACAGAGACUAUGAGACCGUGCACCAUGGAAGCUGUUGAAUGGUGCAAAUCCAUGGUAGAUCCAGCCUUUACUGUAAGCAUUGAUAACGAUAAGUACUUUAGGAUUUCCAAUUCUGCAUGCUUUGUGUUGUCGCUGUGAAAAGUAGCCGGGAUGUGGGAAUCAAGGCUGUCUAUUCAAGCCUUUUUGUAAUAAAGGUUCAAAUCCAGUGGAUACAUAAGCCCUUAUGUUCCUUUGGUAGUUAAAUCUUGGUUGCUGCCUCAUACAGCCCAUUCACCAGCUUUCUUCAUGGCAGAGAGUACAGAUAACUAAAGCAAUCAUAUUAUGUAACACACACAACUUGAGACCUAAGACAGAACCCAUUCACCAUGGGAGAUGUAGCCAUUUGUUGUUGUUUUUAAAAUGCAGAACUAUAUUGUUUCACUGGAAUUUGAUUUCCUUGUUUUUAAGUGGGGCAGCGAUAGAUCUCUCUCCUGCGGUUUGCUAUCAAGUGGUAAGAAUUAGAAAUCUGGCAGAGAAAUAAGGCGGCCAUCUCACUUCUACCAUUUUUUGGGUCUUCCUUUCUUCCUCCUGCUUUUCAGUCUGUUCACUGUACUGUUGUGUUUUGCUUGCAUUGGAGCUCUGGAUUCAUCCACUAUUAACUGAACGGUUUGGGCACUUGGAAGCUAGGAUUUCACAUUGCAGAAAUCCCACAGGGCUCUGUUCAGGUUUCUCACACCACAGGAUUGUUGCAAAACAAACAGCCAGAGAUGGUGUAAUAAAGCUUAUCCCUUGUUACAGGGCUCAUUCGGUGCCCAUUUUAGUUUGGCUCUUGCAGUUUUGCUGCGGUCACUUUCCAUUGCCAUUUUGAAGGGUCUUUUCCACAUUUAUUCACUGGGCUGUUUCGGGAAACAUAAAACAAGGUUUUGUUCAUUUAGCAUAUAUGGAUAUUUAAGCAUUAUCUGGUCCCAUUGAGGAAAACAAGCAAAUUCAGAGAUCCACUCUGAUGGUUAGCUAGUUCAUCUUGAAAGGAAACAGUUCGGGGAGAGGAGGAGGUGAAGCUGAUCUCUCAGCUGAGUAAAUGCGAUGGACCUGCCUUCCCAUCUCUCCCUCUGUUGCAGCCAUAGGAAAUGGCAGUUAAGGGGAGAGGAGGAGGGAAACACCAGCUCAUCUGUCUGCUAUGCCAAUGGAGCGGGUCCUGCUGUCCUUAAGCAUAGCUAUAAUGGAUAGCAAGGAAGCAGGCAUAAGGUAUGGAUCAGGUGGUGUGCUGCAUUUUCUUUUUUGUAGUGCUUUUUGAGCAAAUGCCACCUGGAUAAGACCUCCGUGACUUGACUGAGUGCACGUACUGAUAAUUAAUAAAACAAUGCAUGCUCACUGUUUGUGUAUGGAUUUGCCUUUCAUCUCUGCAGGACACGGGUAUAAAAAGGUAGUGACUCCCUCCUGCUGGCUGAUGUAUUGUUAAAUAGACAAGUGCCCUAAGUUGUUGCAUUAACUCUAAAAGUGUUCGUUUUGCCCGGGGAUUGCAGGUCAUAAACGGCGACAAGGAAGAAUUUCAGUUGGCUUAGAGGGGAACAGCAGGGAUGUACGAUUUUUCCUCCAGCGUCUUGCUUGAGGGAGGAGUCUUCAGUUUUAUUCUGUUGGGCGCCACAGUACGUUCAAAUGAUUUUUCUUUUCUUAACUUUCUGUAGCUCGGCCAACGAAAACAGCUUAUGCUGAAGGCAUUUGCAAAGCACAAUAAACUGAUGAAAGAAUGCGAGAAUGGAAAAGGUACUUUCCUUUUUUUGACGCUUGCCAAGGGAUGUUUCUGUUGUGAUAAGUUGGCAUUUGUGUUCUCUCCACCUCUUUAUUGCGACACGCUGCUGAACCGAGCUGAAAAUGUGGCAUAUUAAUUCACCCUUCCAUGCAUUGGAGGCAGCAAGCUCUGCCUCCUAAGAGCAUAAACUGCUGUCAUUGCUAACCUUUUAGCAAAUUCAUGAGCAUCCAUAGUAGGGGGCAAGACGGCUAGUUAACUUCCCCCAUGUGCCAUAAUUCUCUGAUGUCCAGCUUUCAUUUUAAAAGGAAAGUCUCCAGGACAGGGGUAGGGAACUGCUGACCUGCAGACCAAUCCUGGCCCAUUAGGCCUCCUGAUUUGGCCUGCUAGGCUGUUUUGGGGAAGCCACGCCUACCCACCCAAAGCUAUACAUCAUGUAUGACAGGGCUUCAAAGGAACAACUGGAAGCUUAAAAUGGGCUCCUGAUCACUCCACUGCUGGAGCAGAAUGUAGUCCCACCUGCCCAUCAGGUGAUGAUGGGUGGUCAGAGUGCACCUUGCUGAAGGAUAGAGGAGCAGUUUGCAUAUAAUGGAAACAGUUUCUUCCUCCCAGUGCUGCUCUUUGAAGUGACCUCAUUCUGCUCCUUAAACUUCUGAAAAUUGGAGAUUUUUAAAGGAUCAGCUUGAGGCUGCUUGAAAAAGGCCUUCAAACAUUGCUGUGCUGCACUUUGAUGUCCCAACAAUUGGGACUGCAAAGCACAGCAUCACCUGACAUGAGAGACAGCAGAUUUACCCAUUGGGAAACAGGAGUUGACCUGGAAUGUAUGUUAAUCGGAGGCCAGGCCUACAGUACUUAGGCCUUGUCACCAUCCAGACCCCGUAUUUAUCAGAAAUUGUUGACCAGUUCUUCUGUGCUAAUUUGCCUAUUUUCUUUGUGGUAUUUAUCACACACACACCAUUGAGAAAUCCCUGCAGAUGGCCAUAAGCAUAAUCCCCAAUCCAUUUUGGCCACUGCUCCUGCUGUAAUCAGGAGGCCAAUAGGCUGAACCAAUUAAAGAUUGCCAAAGUGCUUGAACUAUACUUCUCCCACCGCAGGUCUCUUGCACAGAGAGCUGUGAAAAUCUACAGCUGGCUAUUGAGACAAGCAGCGAGUAAGAAAUCCGUACAGUACAUCUAAACCACAUGGGAUUAUUAUUUCUCUUUACAGGAUUUGACCGUCAUCUUUUAGGUCUCCUGCUUCUGUCAAAGGAGCACAGCCUUCCUAUGCCAGAACUCUUCUCAGAUCCUGCUUUCUCGAGAAGGUACCUUUUAAAAUGCUAUGCCUUUGUCUGACAGUUGGGAGUGGGGUAAAGAUAAAGGUAAAGGUACCCCUGACCAUUAGGUCCAGUCACGGACGACUCUGGGGUUGCACGCUCAUCUCGCUCUAUAAGCCAAGGGAGAAGGCAUUUGUCCGCAGACAGCUUCCGGGUCAUGUGGGUCAUGUGGCCAGCAUGACUAAGCCACUUCUGGCGAACCAGAGUAGCGCACGGAAACGCCGUUUACCUUCCCGCCGGAGUGGUACCUAUUUAUCUACUUGCACUUUGACAUGUUUUUGAACUGCUAGGUGGGCAGGAGCAGGGACUGAGCAACGGGAGCUCACCCCGUCGCGGGGAUUCGAACCGCCGACCUUCUGAUCGGCAAGUCCUAGGCUCUGUGGUUUAAACCACAGCGCCACCCGCGUCCCUUUGGGAGUGUGGGGCACCUCAGCAAAUCUCGCACCAAAUCCCAGCGUGGCAGAUUUGUCAGGGUUGACUGGGUGGAAACAGGAUGAGUAACAGCCCACUAUAGCAGCUGAUAAUGUUGCCUUGAUGACAAGGCCAACUGCUUGUAGGCUGAGCAGUCCCAGAUGCUCCAGGAGAGCCUGGAGAACAGCUGUGUAACUUGCAGUGCUCCCUUUAAAAAUGUCCUUACCUGGUGCUUUCUUGAGUCUUUGCUGCUGGACCAGGAAGGAUGCAGACAAAGAGAGGACUUCCACCCACCUUCCAGCUAGUUCCUCCUAUUCCUUUGCUUUGCAAUUCCCAUUAUCUCCAGGUAGGACUGGGAAUGAUUCCUAUGAGCUGGGAUAGCUCAGUUGGUGGAGCAUGACGCCCUUAAUCUCAGGGCUGUGGGUUCGAGCCCCACAUUAGGCAGAAGAUUCCUGCAUUGCAGGGGGUUGGACUGCAAUGACCCCUGUGGUCCCUUCCAGCUCUUUCUCUGUGAAGCCCCUGCAGAGCUGUUGCCAGUCAGUGUAGACAACCCUGAGCUAGAUGGACCAACCGUCUGACCUACGGCAACCUCUCUUAAUGCUUUGAUGUUGAUGAGAGCGCAUUCACUUCCUCUGGUGUAGCUUGCUAAGGAUCAAAGGGAAAGCAGCCCCGUGUGUUUGUUUGAUUCUGGAUGGAAACGAUUCGUUCUGCAAUCAUGUUUCUUUUUAAUUCGCAGCGGGGGAGGUGGAAACUUUGUGCUUUCGACGAGCCUUGUCGGCUACACGAGAAUCGGGGGAGCUGUGGUUCCAAUGGUGCACCAGGGCUACGGCUUUUUCUACAGAAUUAGAGACGACAGGUGAGGAUGCUCUUAGCCCCAACUCAACAACUUAAACCUUCUCUCUGCGUUUCUCUCUGUGUGCAUCAUCAGUGAAAGUAUCAGCCCUGGCAGUAUUUCAGUAGGCAAACCAGAAAUCACAGGCUGCCCUCACAGCCAGCACUUAACUGGUUUUUAUUUUUGUCAAAUAAAAAGGAGGGGUUGAGGAAGAAUGUAGGGUUGCUCCUUUUUUUUUUUUUUUUGACCAAAGUUUUUGAGCUUUCUUUUUUUUGGGGGGGUGAGUUUUACCCAUAGUUGUUGAACUUUUUUACCAAAUCUCAAAAAAGACGUUUUUUGCUAUUACAGUGGUACCUCGGGUUAAGUAAUUAAUUCAUUCCGGAGGUCCGUUCUUAACCUGAAACUGUUCUUAACCUGAAGCACCACUUUAGCUAAUGGGGCCUCCUGCUGCUGCCACGCCACCAGAGCACAAUUUCUGUUCUCAUCCUGAAGCAAAGUUCUUAACCUGAGGUACUGUUUCUGGGUUAGUGGAAUCUGUAACCUGAAGCGUAUGUAACCCGAGGUACCACUGUAUUUAGGAAAAAUCAGCAGCAGCAAAAAUGACACUGCCGACAUGGGUUGCCAUAUGUCCAGAUUUUCCCAGACAUUUUCCCAAUUUCUGCCCAGACACUGCUUCAGACUAGAGUCUUCUGUUGUAUGUCUUGGAAUUUCUGAAUGUAUGGCAACCCUAAAGAAUGAGAGGGGGAAAUGUCCUUCAAGGGGGGGAAACAAGGGUGAAUGAGAAGUACAACAAGCAUCUCAAGGAGAACUCUUGGUUGCUAUUUCUGUUCCUGUCCUGGUGAUACUGCAAUAUUUUCAUUGCUGUGAAAUACUAGUAUUGCCAUGGUAUUCAUUAUGAUUCUGAAUGUGCUAGUAGAGAAAGAUAACUGAUUCUGGAUUCACAGUUGACUUCGUAAUAUAAAAGUGACCUAGUGUGAUUCACUAGAUAGCGUGUUUGAGCUGGGAGGGCGGGAUACAGGGGAAAGUGCUCCCCCGAGAUACUAAGAGGUCCAGUCAGAACUGGUGCUUUGAAUCGGGCCUGGAGAUCCAGACAUUUUAGCUAAGGGUGUAAACGGUUCCUCCAUACUUAUACCCUUUACAUUGAAGCCAUUGAAUACUAGUAUUCAGAAUUGCUGUGUAUAGUAUGUCGCCUUGUCAAAUCACAAUGGCAUUAUCUGGGUGCUCAGCAGCUUCAUCCAUAUGUGACUGAACAUCUGUGUUGAUUUUUAGAAUGCUAUUUAUCUAAACAAUUGGUUUUUUUAACAUUUCCACUGAUAGGAUUGUUGUGGCCUGCACCACCUGGAAGUCAUGUCCAGAGACGGAUGCAGAAAAUCUGUGUCAAAUUCUGUUCCAGUGUUUACAGGACAUGGUCAAGUUAAUGAGCACAGCCCAGCUGUAGAGAAGAAGCUGACACUAUAUAGUGCCUUUAAUGCUUUGUGCAAUUACUAUGUCUGUGUAUCCUGUACACUUGAGGAAGGAAAGUUUAAGCCAAGAGGAGUGUUUACAACUAGGUAAGCUACUUUCUGGUUGAGCAUAGGCAGAGAGAAUGCAAAACUCUUCUUUUUUAUUAUGACCUUUACUGCAAUAACAAUGCAAUAGUUUUCCUUGAAUAAUGUUGCAACAGCAAUGCAAAAUGACAAACUCUUAGUAGAAACUAUGCAAUAUUAAACCAAGCCUCAGCAAUGCAAAAACAUGAGCAAAUCAGUGGUAGUUCAGAAAAUGGUACACAUGCUCUGUGCCUUUGCAAGGAUUAUGAAUCAUGAUUCCUUUCAAGACAGGAUGAUUAUCAUGGCUCUUAGAAUUUUUAGCUUCUAAAGCAGGGGUGGGUAAGCUUUUCUGGACCAUGGGCAAAAAAAAAUCAGCCUUGGCCAGCCUUACAUGAGCUGCUUGCCAGCAGUGGAUAUGCGCACACACACACACACACACACACCACUUGCCACACUCUCAGGCAGGUAAGCACCCAGCUGCUCAUCAAAUUAUCAGUCUAGUGAUGGCGGAUGAUUUGGACCCCAAUACUAUUUCUACCUUAAAAAAAAGAAUGGCAGAAAAACUUGGUUUGGGGUUGGGUAAUCCCCCCCCCCCCCCCCCGCUGGCCGUUAGUCACCCCUGGUGUAAAGUAAUCACGAUUGGGAUUAUUGCUUUAUGUAAUUAUUCACUACUGUCCUAUUUUCUGUGAUGGGAUCUUUGCAACUCAAAACCCACCACUUUAAAAAAGGCUUUUGAAUAGAAUGAUCAUGUGCGAAACUUGUUUUAAAAUUUUGCUUUUAUUUUCCAAACCAAGAAUAUUAAAUGAAACUGUACUUGAAAGCUUGCAAAUAUAUAUAUAUAUAUAUAUAAGGUGAUUAUUAGAAAGUAUGUAUACCACUGUUGCUUCACGCGUAUAGCUCCGCAAAAUUCUCAGGACUUCCUUAGCAUUUUAAAACGAAGCACCCCCUCAUAAUUUUAUCAAUUAUGUAAUUUCUUCUCUUUGGAAUAAAACCACAUCAAAGACAGUUUUGGCUUGAUUAAUCUGUAUGUACAUAUACACACUUCAUUGUGAAGAAGGCAGGCAGGCUCCUGUCAAACUUCCCUAACCCAUAUCGUGCUUAAAUUCUUCAGAACACUUAUAUGUUUUAAAGAUAAAUAUCCGCAUUCUCUUUAUACCCCAUUCUUCCACAAGAAACUACCCAAUGCAGCUGUCAGUUAAUGAAAAGCAAUAUAAAAAAGUGGUAAACUGUAAAAUCCUGUCAUUUAUGCCAAAAUGGAUAUUGUGGACCUGGAAAAGAUGCAGAGAGAAGCAACCGAAAUGAUCAAGGAGCUGGAGCAACUUGGAUUCCGAUUAAACAUCAGGAAGAACUUUCUGGCGGGAAGAGUUGUUCAACAGUAUAACUGUCUCCCUCAGAGGUGGUGGAGUGUCCGCCUUUGGAGGUUUUUAAGCAGAGGUUGGAUGGCCAUCUGUCAUAGAUUCUUUAGUUGAGAUUCUGCACUGCAGGGGGUAGGACUAGAUGACUUUUGAGGUCCGUUCCCUGAUUCUAUGAAAGGUGACAACAUUUGGGGGCUUUAGCUUAGAAGAAAAAGUGGGUAGGAAGGGAUAUAUUUUGUGUAUAAAAAUUAGGCAUGUUCUGGAGAAAGUGGACAGAAAAGUUCUCCCAGUAAUACUAGAAGCUGGAGUCCUCUACUAAAGAACAGAAUGGAGUUAUUCAUGCAGCUCUUAGUUUAACUGCAGUAUUUGUUGCCACAGAGUGUAGCAAUGUCCACCAAAGCUUAAAAAGGCUCUUUCCCACAGGCAGUUGCAUUUGACUGGCCCAUUUGUGGGGAGGGGGACAGUCUAGCUAGGUCGGGCUCUAUGGUCUUCUUCAGGAGUCUCAAAUGAAAACAGCCACACAAGUAGAUUUGCUUCCCAGUAUGUUGUGAGGAAGCGAUAAAGAAACGUGCUUAAUGCUGCUUCAUUAAAAAACAACCAGUGGAGUGAGGUUUCCACGGCAGCCAUCCCAAGGUCAAUCCAGGAAGUUUGACAAUCGCCAACUGAGACUUCAUAAAAAUCCUUUUCACUGAGAAUCCAAAAUAGUUGGCUUUGAGAGUACUCACCAAUGUUGCUCCGGCACAAUUGUCCAUUUUUAAAUUAGUAGAUAAUAGUUGGUCUUACUUCAAUUAGCCAUUCAGAUGUUGACAUAUCUUCUUGGUCUGUAGUUCUGGCUUCCAGGGUGCAAAGAAAGGGAGGGCUUGUCUCGUUCUUUCACUUUCAGGUGUGUGUAUUUUUAAGCAAAGUCCUUGGAGUGAUCAAACAACUGUAACUUUUGAAAAGGACAGCAAACAUGUCUCUAGACAGCUGAGAACAAAAGGUAAGCACACCCUAGUGUAUAAAAUGGAUGGAGAUAGGAAAAGCUUCGGUUUGAGAAGCCUUGCUGCAAUUCAGCCUAUCCGCCAAUACUGGUUUAUUUUGUUUAAUAUGGUGAUGAUACAAGUAGUGCCUCUUGCAAUCGCCAUCUCAAGAAGUGAAUUCAGCUUUAGCAAUAUUCUGCUUUUGUUUUAAUUUAUGCAGGGGCUGAUCCUGCCUGAACAUUGACUAGAGCGUAAUAGAUUCCUUUUGCAGCCAGUAGCUGUUGAUGUGUUCCUUGUUCUUUGACUUUCCCAUUCUGGAUCACUGCUAUACUGUCCGCGUUCUGCACUGUUGAUAAGCGAUGAGCUAUUACAAUGCAGGUGCGGCCUUGCCUGGCUUUAUCCAGAGCCUCUUGGACAACCUGUUGAAAACAGAAAAUUAUUUUCAGUGAAUGGGAAACAGAAAUAGAAAGGGUUUACUUGAGAUUCAAGUAGUGAACAAUAUUUUUUAAAUAAAGGAAUUUCACCACAAUGAGGAAAUUGUGUAAGCUUUCAUAACCGAACAUUUUUAUAAAUGCAUCACUGGAAAAACAAUGAGCAACCAUAGUAAUAAUGAAGAACCUCCAACCGCCUUAGAUCAUAACAAAUCAUGGCCAGGACUGGGGAACCAGGGGCAGAUUUGGGGAUGGUGCAGAGUAUUUGCAAGCAGAGUAGAGGGGGGGGGGAAAGGCCUGUUGUGCAAUGGGACAUUAUUCCACCUGCCCUUUUAGUUGAAUACCAGAGUGUUACAAGACAUGGACGGCCCCAGCAUUGUGACUCUCAACAUGAAUAAGGGUGACUGUCAUGACUGUAACAACUACCAUGGAAUCUCCCUGCUGAGUACCACUGGGAAAGCCUUUGCCUCAGAUUACACUCACUCGCUGACAAGAUCCCGAGUCACAACAUGGCUUUGGAGUUCAGAGGUAAACAAUUUCCUCACUGCACUGGCUGCAGGAGAAAUGCGGAGAGCAGAGACGCCUUCAUAGACCUGGCGAAGGCAUUUGAUCUCAUCAGCUGUAAAAGACUCUUCACAACUAGAUAGGGUGUCCGCCUAAGCUCAACAAGAUGACAGUGUCCUUCCAUGAGAACAUGCAGGAGUGAGAUACUGGCCGACCAACUCUGUGUUACAAAGAUGUUUGCAAACAUGACACAAAGGCUGGUAGGUCAACACCGCCCUGUGGGAAACUCUUGCAGAUGCAGCGCCUGGAGACAGUCAAGAUGUGUAUUCAUGGCAGGGACCAGAGGAGGAAUGACUGCUGGGAGGAGUGCAGAGAGAAGAAACCCUGUGGUGCAGCUGCAGGAUGCUCCAGUUGCAAGAAAACAUGUCUCUCCUGCAUCAGUCUCUACAGCCACAACAGGUGCUGUAACCUUCCAACAGUUCGAUUUCACCCCCAAAGGCACACUCCUCCAUUGUCUUCCAAGAGAGACAGAUGCCAACCAAAUGCCAACUGCCCAGGGUAUUGGCCUGCUAGCCCCUCUCUAGUUCUUAAAGGUAAAGGGACCCUUGACCAUUAGGUCCUGUCGCGGACGACUCUGGGGUUGCAGCACUCAUCUUGCUUUAUUGGCCUAGGGAGCUGGCAUACAGCUUCCGGGUCAUGUGGCCAGCAUGACUAAGCUGCUUCUGGCGAACAGAACAGCGCACGGAAAUGCCAUUUACCUUCCCGCCAGAAUGGUACCUAUUUAUCUACUUGCACUUUGCUUUUGAACUUCUAGGUUGGCAGUUCUUAGGUAGCCACAACUGAGGUGGUAUAACAUACAGGUUAAGAGGCUGAGCUAUAAAUUUGGCCUUAAGCAAGGUGAUGUCCCUCCCAAUUUCCCGCCUCUGCUAUAGGAGAUAAUGCUAACUUAGCUUGCAGGCUUGUUGCCAGCAUGACAAUAUGCAAGACACUUUGAAUACUUCAAAGUGCUACUAUACAAAUAACUAUUGUCCACCCGCCCAGUUAGGAUAGAACUGUUGCAGAGCAGACCCGGGUAUGCUAUAAAGUGAAACCAUGAUGACUAGCAACCCAUGCCUUUAAUGCACCCAAUAAUUACAAACAUUUACCUUUUCACUUUCAGUAUCAAGUGCAGAGGUUGCUUCAUCCAGUAGCAGAAUUCUUGGCUGGCGGAUGAGAGCACGAGCAAUAGCAAUGCGCUGUUUUUGACCCCCAGAGAGCUGAGUCCCUUUGUCACCUACAGGAGUGUUGUAUUUCUAUGUGCAAAAAAUAGACAAUCCAAUAAAGACAGGUUUAUAUUAACAUUAUACUUCUAUCUAUCUCAGCCCCAUUAGAUAUACCAGCAACAUAAUAGGACUUUAGUUUUAUUUUUUGUUCCUAGUUCUCCAAUCAACAUUUCCGAAGUGUGAGUGUGUAUGUACAUACAUGCAGCAGGCUCGUCUUAUGUUCUUAUGCACUUACAUCUGGUAAGCUAUCAAUGAAGGCAUGGAUGUUGGCUGCUUUGGCUACUUCAACGAUCUCAUCAAAGGACACCUCUCUGCUGUUAUCUCCAUAGGCAAUGUUCUCUGCAAUAGUGCAGUCAAACAGGACCGGUUCUUGGGAGACAAUUCCAAUCUGGGAUCGCAGCCACUGGACAUUUAACUGCGUUGCACCGUUGCCAUCCAGUAGCUGGAAAAAGAAGACUUGGUCAGUUUUAUGAAGCAGGGUACUGUUAAUGAACAUUUCUGUUACACAUAGUGCACAGUUAACAAGUUGUUUAAAAGUACUGUCUGAUGUUUCAAGCACUAUUCCAAUUCAUUUUGAUGACGUAUGAAAACUUGAGAGUUUAGGUAAGACUUAGGCUGCAGUCCUAACCAUGUCUGCUCAUUCAGGUAAGCAGGAUUAUACAACCUUUGAACCAGGAAAGCCAUGGUUUAAAUAUCAUCUUGUCAUGGAAUUCACCAGGUGGCAGUAGGUCAGUGAUUAGGAAAUCUUUGGCUCUUCAGAUACUGUUAAACUGCAGCCUGCAUCAUCCCUGACCAUUGACCAUGUUGUCUGGGCCUGAUGGGAGUUGUCCUACAGUCUCGGGGGUGGGGUGGGGUGGGGGACACAGGUUACAACCCCACCUAAAGCAAAUCAUUCUCUCUGGGUCCAACGACAAGUGACAUGAGAGUUCCAAGCAGGGUUGAAACUGCUUUUUGCAGUACCGGCUGCAGCCUGGAGGAGGAGCAGAGAGACUGAGGAGCCAUUGCAGAGUAGAGGUGACUGCCUAACUCUCAGCCCAGAUUCAGAGAGAGCUGCCUGCUUUUUGUAACAGAAAAAAAUAUGUCAAUCCAAAAAUGAAAACAGGGAGGCAGAACAUCUGUCUAAAAAAUGCUGGCGGUAUGCCCUGUGGAGGACCUUAAGGUCCACAAAUGACAACAUUUUGGAGGUCCCAAGUCAUAAGGUGGUUAAAUUGGUCUCAACUAGGGCCAGGGCCUUUUCAGUACUGGCCCCGACUUGGUGGAACACUCUGUCACAAGAGACUAGGGCCCUGCGGGACUUGACAUCAUUCCGCAGGGCCUGCAAGACAGAGCUGUUCCGCCUGGCCUUUGGUUUGGACUCAGUCUGACCCUUAUAUUUCCCUCCCCUUAUGGUUUUGAUCUAUGAGCUACUUUUAAAAUGAGGCUGCAUUUUAAAUUGCAUUUUAACCUGUUUUUUAAAUUGGUUUCCCCCUCCAUUAUGUUUCUACUGUAAUUUUACUGGUGUUAGCUGCCAUGAACCCGGCUCUGGCCGGGGAGGGCGAGGUAUAAAUAAUUUAUUAUUAUUAUUAUUCUUGUUGUUGUUGUUAUUUUAUUACUACUACUACUAUGCAUUUAGAGCACCUUGCAGUGUGUUAAUGCAUUAGAAAUAUUUCACAGAUAGGUCACAUACACACCAUACAUUUUAAAACACUCAUAUCACUUUAACAGUCAAAGCUUCCGCAAACAAUCCUGGGAACCGUAGUUUACUCCCUCACCAAGUUACAAUUCCCAGCACCCUUCACAAACUACAGUUCUCAUGUACCUCCAAUGUAUGGUUUGUAUGCAGCCCCAAACUUUGCCCCAUUUUGCAAGUGAAAAGGUGCAUCCCUGGCAUGAAAUUGAUGAGAACGAGUGUUACAUAAUAUAUUCUGCGUUCAAAUUGUGCGGAAAACUCAGCCGAGUAAUUUACCACUUCUCCACUGAGGGGGUCAUAGAAUCUUUCAAGCAACUGGACCAGAGUGCUCUUUCCACAGCCGCUGCUUCCUACAAGAGCCAAGGUCUGCCCCUUCUCUACUGCCACACUCAGUCCUUGGAGUACCGAGACAUCAGGCCGGGUAGGAUAGUUGAAGGCUACUUGCUUAAAUGCGACAUUGCCGCCAAAGUCGUCCUGGAAUGAUAAUAAACAAGACCUGCCUGUUAAAGGAAAAAAUGGCCGAGCAAUUCCAUGUUAGCACCUAGUGGACUGGACAUGCCAAUAAUAGUUGGAUGAAGGGGUGGAACUGAGGCGGACACAGAGGAAUUUGCAACAUCCCCUUGAUGUUAUGAGAAAGUACAGCUCCAUCUCUGCAUCUCACAUGGUUUUGAAAACUGGAAAUCUGAGUGUUUUAUAGGAGUAGUUGGGAUUGAGGGCUGCUCCCUGCAAGAAGAUGGGUGGCCGAAGGACAAGUACGGUAUGGGAACUGUGCUUUUAAACUAAAUGAUAUAAGUUUAUUGUUCUCACUAAAGGCCAUGACAAACCCAUAGCACCAAUAAAACAAUACGGCUCAUACAUCUAUAACAUCCAAGACAUAAAAGAGAAGUUACCAGAGAACCAACUAACUCAAAUCCAGUUUAAUUUCAGAUUAUACCUCGGAAUCAUCUUACUCAUGUUUCCUUUUUUUUUUAAUAUUUUUUUUAUUUUUUUGCAGCUAUUGCAUAAAGGGCCACCCUCUCUCUGUGUUACAAAGCUAUUAUUGUCACUCAAAAGAAAUUGGACCAUUUCUGCCUGGGUGUAUUUGCUUGCUUGUGUGAACAAAUGUUUCAGAAAGUGAUCUCUUGGGCCUCUAUAUAAUGAGUGAUGUCUUCCCCCUGCAGUUGACUGCAAAUACAAAGUCUGUAUACGGCACUUUGUUGUAGCGGCCAUCCAAGACUACAGUGGGCAUUGCUUGGAGUAUGGUAUAGAUUCACAAGCUUGUGGACAAGGGUAGCUUAGACACUGUUGAUUCAUGCAUCAGUAACCUCAUGAUUAGACUACUGUAAUGCACUGGGUUGGUCCAUAAUGUUGUGGCUUAGGUUGUUGAGCAGAGCACCUGGAGGUACAUCUAUUGCACCUGUGCUGUGGGAACUACACUAGCUGUCAAUCAGCUACUGGGCCAUGUCCAAGGUAUUGUUCUUACCAUAUAAAGUUCUGAAUCAAUGUAGACCAGGCUACCUGAAAGAUGGCCUGUACUGGCAGAGACCAGUAAGAUCACAUAGAUCAUCUGGGGAAAUGGUACCACACUCUCCAAAAUAUAAUUGGGCGAUGACCCGAGAACAGGCGUUUUUUGCUAUUACCCCCGUACUGCAAAAUGUCCCUCCCUCUGCCAUGCACGAAGCAUCAACCAUCAGUGGUUUCAGGCAUCUUAUAAAGACUUAAUUUUUUGCCCAGGCUUUCCUUGAUUCUUAAGAAUGGACCCUGAUUUAUGUGAAUGAAUUUCCUGAAUUUCUGUCAUAUUUACUUUUAUAUGGUUUUAUAUUGUUUCAUUGGCAUCAUGUUGUAUUUUCAUUUUAAUGGAUACUGUUGCUGUAUCAUACAUAGUGUACCCCGCUCAGAGAUUUUUAAAAUGUUGUGUGGUUUAGAAGUGCUUUUAAAUCAAUCAGUCAAUAAAAUACAGUAACUGACUCAGC